AACUCAUCCCGGGUUUCACUGUAUCACGUGACACCAGUGUCGUCAUGCCAUUGAAAGAACUCUUUCUACACGGUUUGUAAAGCUCUUUAAUACCCGGUUCUCGCUGAAUAUUACAAACCCGUGCCCAGCGCGCAAACAGUGGAUAUACGCACAGCAACUGCAUCUUCAGGCCAUGAUAAUUCUACUAGGAUGUUUGGUCUUGCUGGAGCUUUCUAGGAUGGUGGCACCGUUGGACUUCAACUAUCACAAUCACACCGAACUGGAACAAUUCCUCAAAAACAUAUCUCAACAAUACCCAGAUAUUACUCGCAUGCAUAGCAUUGGAAAGUCUGUUAAAGACGCUGACCUCUGGGUGAUUGUGAUUGGUGAAGGCGCGAAUAAGCACGUGACUUUGAAUCCUAACGUCAAGUAUGUGGCAAACAUGCAUGGGAAUGAGGCGGUGGGUAGAGAAAUGCUCCUUCAUCUCAUUGACAACUUAGUCAAAAGCUAUGGUGGAAACACGACCUUGACCAACUUCCUCAAGACCACCACGGUUCACAUCAUGCCAACGAUGAACCCGGAUGGAUUCGCAGACGCUUCUUACGGAAACUGUACAUCAAAAACUGGCAGGAACAAUGGAGUAUCGUAUGAUCUGAACAGAAAUUUUCCGGAUUACUGGGUGGAAAACAAAGUUCCAAUUCAGCCUGAAACCCGAGCUAUUAUGAACUGGAUGAAGGAGGAACAGUUUGUGUUGUCCAUCAACUUCCAAGGGUCAGCCCUGGUCGCCACCUACCCGUUUGACAACUACCCAAAUGCGUCAGGUGUAAGCGCCUACGCCAGCUCUCCCGACGACGACGUGUUUCGCCACCUGAGUCUGACAUAUUCCAAAAACCAUCCCACAAUGCGCUUGGGUAACAGUUGCAAUGAUUCGGGCCCAUUUAAAGAUGGGAUAACUAACGGCGCCCUCUGGUAUCCAGUUACAGGUGGAAUGCAGGACUACAACUACAUCUACGCCGGCUGCAUGGAGACAACCCUUGAAAUAUCGUGUUGCUUCUAUCCCACUUCAGACGAACUACCGGGAUACUGGGAGAGGAACAAAAACUCCUUAAUUUCUUACUUAAUGCAAGUGCACAUGGGGGUCAAAGGUCUUGUGUUUGAUGAAAACCGAAACACUCUGGUUGGAGCCACAGUCGCUGUGAAAGGCCGUGAACAGUUCCCAGUGAAGACCACGGAGUAUGGGGAGUACUGGAAACUCCUUCUUCCUGGAAAAUAUGUCUUACAGGUCUCUCUCCCUGGUUACUAUUCGGUCUACAAGUCAUUUUCUGUUGUGUCAGGGACGGUAACUCGAAUGGACGUCACCCUGCGUGAAAUCGGACAGGUCACUUAUGUCAAGAGCACCGGAAGUGAGCCUGUCUCAUCACUAAUCCUCUUCUGGGUCGUCUUUCUGCUGGCAUUUCUGUCAGUACAUGAACAAUAACAUUGUUUGGAAGACGCACGCCACAAUACUAUGCCUGGUAUAUGGAGUCCAGACAAAUAUUCUAAAUGUAUAGCAUAUUAAUCAAGAGCCUAAUAUAAUAAUUGAGAAACUUGUUAAAAGAUUUCACAAACAUUUGAAUUUCAUCUUUUAAAAAUGGUCGCCAUGAAGGACAAUUUGGAAUUUUUCUAUGGUUGAUUAGCCAAUGAAUAGGACGGACGAACGGUUGGAUGGAUGGAAGUUACAGUGUUAUAUAUUUUUUAUUUACAUUGAUAAAUGAUGACAGGAUGACUCUUCCUACUUUCUGUAGGAGGAUUGCCACUUCACAGGAAGGCCCGUUCUUCGCCAUCUGUCUGCAGGAGGACUGUUACUCUGCAGGCUGAUUUGACAAAUUUAAACUUGCUCAAAACAAACUCCACAUUAAAUGACUUAAAAGGACAGACCCUAGUUUUUAAACACUACAGCAUAUUUCUCACUAUUAGAGCGUUUAUAAUCACUGAAAUCAAACAGUACUUACAUUUUAUUCUUUAGAUUAUCCAUUUCCGUACAACCGAAGU